GCACUGGCAUCGCGAGAGUCGCCAGGAGUCACCCGCGGUGACCCACGGUCACUCACGGUCCACCGACGACGGGCGUACGCCGCUGGUUCCCCCGAGUCUGCAUCGACAGUCGUUGACAGACGCUCGAUCGCACCUAGCGAGAGAUCGUCCGGAUCUCGAUCCUGGGUGUCACCGAUCCCGACGAGCGCCAAUCGUUCCUCGUCACGUCGACGAUCGGCAAUCAACCCUGGUGUUGUUUGUCAGUUUUGCGAGCACCAUACUCUCGACAGAGUGCCUCGGAGUGCUGAGCAGUGUAUUGCAAAGUUCCAAAGAAGCGUCCGGCAGAAAUAAGGAUAUUCGGGAGAAGUGAUCGUUUUUUCUGUAUUUUUUUUUUUUUAAUAUUAGAGAUUAAUUCAAAUUAAUAGUUGGAUUUUUAAAUUAGUAAAGAUUUGGACAGUUAUUGCGGAGUUUAUAGCAUUGACGUUUUGCACUGUUUGUUGCGAGUGAGAAGAGCUUUCUUGAAAGGCAAGAAGAUUCAAGCUAGAUCUGGAACCUAGACUUAGCGGAGUUGUUUCGCGACGUAAACUGGAGUUGCUAUUGAGGAAAAACAGUGACGGUACCGUAAUUCGACAGAAACGCGCAACGCAUCAUCGGGGAAAGCGCGAUGCACGGCAAAUUUCCCGCUUCCCUCAUCGAAAUCGUCGAAUCCCGGCACAGUCGUAGCGACAUAGAAUUUCUGGCGCGCGCCGACAAGAGCGACGAUCGGGACAGCCGCGGUCACCGAGAUUUUCAUGGUACCAGCGGACGAAACGGCGGAGCGAGUCGUAGCACGAGGUCACCAAGCCGCUAAGGACACUCGAGGACGAAGAGCGCUGUCUGUAGCCGCGUGUGUGUACGUGUGUGCGCGCGCGCGCACGCGAUGUCCAUUCCUGACAACGAGACCGCAACGCGCGCAAUUGCCGUGCCGGAGAGCGUCGUUGAUCCAGAUCACCGUUCACCAGGAUCCGUAUCGAUCAAGAUCACCGUUACUCAAGAAUCUCGACUGUCGGCUCGCGAUGGGAUCGUCGAGUCCCUAGAUUUUCAACCACUUUAGAUUCUUGAACUUGUUUAGCUACUAAGCACUCUCCGUCUCGGUGACCCUUGAAUCGUUCGCUCGAGGUGCCCGAUGACGUUCGAAUAGUUCCAGAACUUUCGUGCCGUCGCUGAAGCUGCGGGAAGAUACGACGCCGCGGCGUUGAAGAAAACACGGGAAGAGAAAGGUGAAGAGUCUCCCUUCUUUCGCAGGUAAAUGAGCGGAGGAAAGUGAGGAGAGGAAAAGAAAGAAGAAUUUACGAGACGGAGAAGAGGAGAGAAGUCAGAAAACUCUGUUCAGUGAUUAAGGCACGAGCCGAAGUAUCUUGCGGAGUGAAAGAGAAGAAGGGAAAAGAAAAGUCGAUAGGAAGAAGAGCAGGGGUUCGAAAAGGGAGGCAAAAGGUCGUUGCGAUUAAAAGAUACUGAUCUCCCCUCGAUAUAAUCAUGUCAGUCCAACCCCUUUCCGUCCUGCUGAUCCUCGCAUCAAUCCUCGGCGAUUUGACCGUUGGUAGCGCCGAGAAGAUGAGCGGUUUAUACGUGGACAACGGAUACGAUCAGACGAUAAUCCACCGUGUGGUGGAUCAGCGUGAGAAGCGCGAGGUGGAGCACGAGAUCCUGAAUCUGCUGGGACUCCCGGAACGUCCGCGGAACACCGUCAGCAGACCUCCCCAAGUCAGGAGGUCGGCGCCCAAGUUUCUGCUGGACAUCUACAAGAACGCCCUUGGCGAGGACGAGGAGGAGAAGCCCAUGGCGCAUCGUCACAAGGCCGGGGAGUUCGACCUCAGCGGUCAGGAGCUGAAGGCGAUCGAUCAGAGCGAUGUCAUCAUGACUUUCAUGACACACAAUCAUCACGUCCCGCCGGUGAGACACGAACGUGGGAAGAGGCUCUGGUUCGACGUGUCCGAGGUACCACCUGAAGAAUACUUGAUCGGCGGUGAGCUUAGGCUGUAUCACCACUCACACAUGAGGAAUCGGAGGAUCCAUAACUCCUACACAAUCACGGUGUACCGGGUGUUGAAGACUGAGAACGGGAUUCGAGAAUUACAGUACAUCGAUGCCGUAAAUGUUACGGACAGCAAGAGGGGCUGGCUGACAUUCAACACCACCGAGGCUCUUGAUCACUGGAUAAACAAUCCGGAAGGAAAUCGAGGACUGUAUCUCUCCGUACGCGAUGAACGUUCAGCGCACGAAGUGAAACCGGAAGAUAUCGGGAUAGCGGUAGGACUCCGUGGUGAUCCGGACAAGCAACCCUUCAUAGUGGGUUACUUCAAGAGCUCGGGCGUAAGAGAGGCCAAAGUCCGACAGAAACGCGAUGCUAAGAGGAAGAAGAAGAGCGAGGUAACUAGUUGGGAUUACCGAAAUAAUCCUUACACUGAUCCUGGAGCGCAAUAUUCACGGACCUGCAAGAUUCAAACGUUGUAUGUCAGCUUUCGCGAUUUGCAGUGGCAGGAUUGGAUUAUCGCGCCGGAUGGAUAUGACGCGUAUUACUGCAGCGGGGAGUGCAACUUUCCGUUGAACGCUCAUAUGAACGCGACCAAUCACGCGAUAGUUCAGACUCUAGUGCACUUGGUGAGCCCAGGCAAGGUACCCAAGCCGUGCUGCGCGCCCACUAAGCUUUCGGCCAUUUCGGUUCUGUAUUUCCUGGAUGAGAGCAAUGUCAUCCUGAAGAAAUACAAGAACAUGGUCGUUAAGAGUUGCGGCUGUCAUUAGAUUGCGAUUUCCCGUUCACAAUGGAAAUUGAAGAAAACACCACUCUUUGAUGCAGAGGCCAGCGAAACCAGACGGUAAUUUGGUAGUUGAAUAAACAAUAUAUUUCCUGAUUGCUUUCGAAAUUCUAUUAUUUGGGUUCGAUCUUUCGGACCUUCCGAAGCCUAAAGUUAAUGAUAAUUCUUGAAGGACUAGCAGAAGGUGACGUUAAAGGGAACGACUUCCUGCUUUAAAAAAAAAUUAAUGAAUAUUGACGAAUGUAAUGAAAAAAUAAUAUUUUUGUGUGUUGGAUCCACGAUUUUACCAUUUUACCAUAAACCAUAAAUCAACGUGCCUGAGUAGAUUGUUGUUUAAUCAUUAUACAGGGUUUCUCAUAUUUCGCGGACUACCUCUUGUGGGUAGACUCGAAAAGUCCUGUGCUAUUUUUGCGGUAAUUAAUGAGAUGAUAAUCAGUAAAGAGCGUGUGUCCGCGCGAUUCGGCGAGAAGAGACCUAGUGCUACACAAUGAUUGUGGUUGCAACGCGUAACGCGAGGAACGUGCGUCUAGCAAUCACAAAUAAUGCGUAACGCUGUCUCUUGUCGUUGAAUCACGUGGAUGCACAUUACACGCUUAUUCGCAAGUCUUUGUUAAUUAACUUUUCAUUAAUUAUUGAGAAACUCGUAAAAUGGUAAAGGACUUCUCUAUCCAGUUAAACCGCUCUAUCUGCACAAGAGAUGAGACGGUAAUUAUCAGACACCCUGAAUACACAGUGUCCCAUUAAGAUUUUCGCAACAUUUAAGGAUAAAUUUUUGUGGUCACUUUGAGACGAAAAUCUUAGUACAAAAUGUCGAAGCUGUAACAGUUUUUGUGUAUAAGUAUAAAAAUUAGCGAACAGAGUCGUCUAAAAUUUACGCGCUCAAAUGUGUGGUACAAUUCACAGUGCUAAAAAUGAUAGUUAACUGCCGCCCAUCUUGUCGAGAUAGAGAUUACAUAUGCAAAGAUAGUGAGAUCGCUCUUACUGACUUUGCACAAAUGCAUCUUAUGUGUAUAAAAUAAACAAUAAAUCUCUGAAAGAAAUGUCACCCGACAGUGUUUUUUUCUUCUGUUAUUUUUAGUAAGAUGUUAUUAUCUAUAUAGACUGCGACUUUUAGCAAAAGUGAUCUCACUAUUUUUGCAUAUAUGUAAUCUUUAUAUCGAUAUUGACAAGAGAGGUUGUUGGAUUGUCACCGUGAAAUGGGCUUUAAGCUUGGCGCGCUUCACGCCGUUAUUAUUAUUGAGGCAACAGCGACCGUGCAUGCGUUAGCGUUUUGUUUUCUUUCUUCCCCCCGGCUCGCAUCUCUGUUCAGUCGCGCACGCAACAGUAAGCAGCACGUUGUUGUACAAGCCGCUACUGUUUCAGUUCCACAAGAGUUUAUCUAAGUUUACGUUUCUGUACUGUUCAAAAUAUAUUCCAGUAUAUCUUGCUUGCUCAAUCUUAUUCGCGAGAUUCCCGAAAUCGAUCCUGCCACACGAUCCUGCUAAAUAAUCAACAGAGGUGACGGUCAGUUUUCGUCUUUGAUACUGCGCAUUGUACAAUAAACUGCGCGGAUACUAAACAUCUUUGAAAAACACACAAUCACAGUUUGCUUGAAAAUGGAAGUGCCCAAACUAUUAUUUGAGAAACUCUAGCGAAAAGGCAUCAGACGUUUUCUGUACCUGACUGUGCGAACCUUAGGCGACCUGAUUCAUUAAUGUUAAAUGCUUAUAAUUAAAAAACUAUUACAGCUUCAUUUCUUUGAUAUUAGGAUUCUCUCAAAAUAAUUUCAGAAAUCUGUCCUUAAGCGUUGUUACGAUCUUUACGGGUCACCCUCUGUAUGUGUAAUUCUAUUUCUAAUAAUAUAAAGAACUAGCCGUAAGAGUUUUAUUGCAUAGAAUGAUCAAAUCAGUCAGAUAAAUUUGAGAAUAAUUAAGACACACGCGAGAUAGCGGUUUAAAUGAUAAAAUCUUUUGAUAUCCCAAUUUUUAUGACUUGAUACGUUAAUUUGAAUUCAGUUACAUCGUAUUGAUGAUACGCGCUACUUCAAAGUUUUCUCAUCGCAGGUACAAUCGAAUGACCGUAUUACGAAGUCAUUAGAAAAAUAAUGUUCGAACAGUAUUCUUAUUGCGAAGCUUCCUGUCAUUAAUCUUAUUUUAGUAGCAAUGAAAAUAUCGUGGCAUGCUUUUUCUCUCGCUCACUCUCUCAUUUUGACUUGAUCGUUAUUGCAAACGUGAGUAUUAAGAGAGCGACGCAAGAGGAGAACAUCGCUUAUUUACGAGAAGUCAGCUAAUUCACGACACAAUAAGAUAUCUCAGUAUAUGGAUAUGUCAACCGUAAUUCUGAGUUUACAGAUGUCAAACUUUGCACGUGCAGAAAUAACGCAAAAGAAAGAGAAGCUGUUUCCAUAAAAAGAUUUCUUUAAAUAAACCGAUUUAAUUCUUCACAAAGAAUCAGUACUCUCUUGGUGGUACCAACGAUUACCAAAUAGUUUUUGUAUUUAUAGCGUAAGCCGUGAGCGCGUAGGUGUAUUCAAGUGGCGUAAGUUAUUAAUGACGAAGCUCGUAUUAGUCACAUAAGCAUGUAUAAAAGCGUAUAAUUAUUAUAUACUCAUAUUAAUUCGUAAGUUUUGUAUAUCGUCAUUGUAAAUACACUAUUGUAUAUACUUCCUACGUUUCUGUACUUUAUAUUUGUACGCAUAAAUAUAAAUAAAUUUUAGAAAUGCGGGGACAACCAGAAAUAAAAUUCGUAAUUUUCUUACGUAGUCCUCUAAAUAAAAUCAGAAUAAAGUUCAACAGAUCCGUAAUGCACUGCUCGACAAAAAAUGUCUUUUUUUAGCAUAAGAAUGAGGAUAAUCGUUUCUUUAGUUUUUGGGGCGCUGAAUACGUUUCUUUUUUUAAUACAAUUUAAAUUGUAUACAAAUAGUAUGGGUUCUCUC